GGAGGCGGAGCUUGGGUCCCUGUAGCAGCCGAAGGCGCAGCCUGGACUGUAGUUUCCCGGGAGAGAGAGCAGGAACAGGAGCGGAGCGCAGUCCUCGAAGCCUCAGGUCCAGCAUCCCGCCAGGGGUUUGCAGGUGUGUGGGAGGCUUGGGAUUAUUCCAGGAUGGCUUUUCUUGGACUCUUCUCUUUGCUGGUUCUGCAAAGUUUGGCUUUAGGGACCACUUUCACUGAUGAAACCAUUGCUGAGCUGUCAGUGAAUAUGUAUAACCAUCUUCGAGCCACUGGAGAGGAUGAAAAUAUUCUCUUCUCUCCAUUGAGUGUCACCCUUGCAAUGGGAAUGUUGGAACUUGGGGCCCAAGGGUCUACGCUGAAAGAAAUCCGUCACUCAAUGGGAUAUGACAGCCUGAAAAAUGGUGAAGAAUUUUCCUUCUUGAAGGAUCUUUCUCACAUGGUAACUGCUGAACAGAGCCAGUAUGUGAUGAAAAUUGCCAAUUCCCUCUUUGUGCAAAAUGGGUUUCAUAUCAGUGAAGAGUUUUUGCAAAUGAUAAAAAAGUAUUUUAAUGCAGAAGUCAAUCAUGUGGACUUCAGUCAAAAUGUAGCUGUGGCCAACUAUAUCAAUAAGUGGGUGGAGAAUAACACAAACAGUCUGUUGAAGGAUUUAGUAUCCCCAAGGGAUUUUGACGCUGUCACUCAUCUGGCCCUCAUCAAUGCUGUCUAUUUCAAGGGGAGCUGGAAGUCACAAUUCAGACCUGAAAAUACCAGAACUUUUUCCUUCACUAAAGAUGAUGAAAGUGAAGUCCAAAUUCCAAUGAUGUACCAACAAGGAGAAUUUUAUUAUGGGGAAUUUAGUGAUGGCUCCAAUGAAGCUGGUGGCAUCUACCAAGUCCUGGAAAUACCAUAUGAGGGAGAUGCGAUAAGUAUGAUGCUGGUAUUGUCCAGACAGGAAGUUCCACUGGCCACACUGGAGCCAUUGGUUAAAGCACAGCUGAUGGAAGAGUGGGCAAACUCUGUAAAGAAGCAAAAGGUGGAAGUGUACCUGCCCAGGUUCACAGUGGAACAGGAAAUUGAUUUAAAAGAUGUUUUGAAGGCUCUUGGAGUAACUGAAGUUUUCAUCAAAAAUGCAAAUCUGACAGCCUUGUCUGAUAACAAAGAGAUUUUCCUUUCCAAAGCAAUUCACAAGUGCUUCAUAGAGGUCAAUGAAGAAGGCUCAGAAGCUGCUGCUGCCUCAGGAAUGAUUGCAAUUAGCAGGAUGGCUGUGCUGUAUCCUCAGGUUAUUGUCGACCAUCCAUUUUUCUUUCUUAUCAGGAACAGGAGAACAGGUACAAUCCUAUUCAUGGGACGAGUCAUGCAUCCUGAAACCAUGAACGCCAGUGGACAUGAUUUUGAGGAACUUUAAAUCACUUAUUUGAGUAACAAAGAAAACAGUAACUAAGCACAUUAUGUUUGCAACUGGUAUAUAUUUGAGACUUGUGUUUUACAAUAUAUCUUAAAAUAAUAUUUAAAAUAGUUCCUGAAAAAAUAAUGUAUGUAAAUUAUAAGCCACCUUGUCAAGGAAUGUUAUCAGUCAUCGUGUUUGUUGUGCUAGUAUUUAAAAUAAAAGUACAUAGUGAACAUGUGAACAGCUCUGUUUUUCAUUUUAGAAGUUGUAGUAUAUAGAUACCUCUAGGUAGAAUUUGGAAACAGUGGUACUUCUGGACUUCUUAAGUCUUUCAUAAUUGUGCAGAAACAAAGCACCAAAGUAAAUUAGUGUUAUUCACUUAUACAUAACAACUAGUGAGGUAUUUUUGUGGACAACUACUCCACAAAAACUCUGAUUGCUGUUUCUCUGAAGACAGUGUAUAGUUUAAAAUAAAAAUCUGCAAACUGAACAUCUUUUAUGUGGCUCCAUGAAAAAACUUGUUAGGAAAAAACUGGGGCUAUGCCAACCCAUAGCUUAUAGCUAUAGCUUAUUGACUAUGUCUUUAAAGAUCCACUUGGCUUCAUAAGGGUGAUAUAGAUUACAAGCCUGGUAUAUCACCAUGUUUUGCUGCUGCAAGUAAAAUCUGACCUACAACUUAGUUCCCCCAAGUCGCCAAGUAAGCCAGAUGAGCAAAUUAAAAAUAUGCCCUCUGGUACGUCACUGGAGAAUAAACUAGAAAAACUCUGCUGGUACAGAUACUGGAAACUGGCAGGUAACAGGCCGAAAGCUGCUCACAGGGAUGUUCUUGUUUGUUCUGUGUAAGAGGUUUUCCUUUUUUGAACUUAAAGAUCUGUAAUUGAAGUAUUGCAUUCCUUGUUUUUCCCAUUGGUUCCUGAUGGUUCUGGAAUACACUUGUGUUUGAGACCUCUUGAGAGAUACGUCCUUUGCGUAAUGUUUUGCUUUUAUUUUCUAGUACAAAUGUUGUCAAUUCCAGUGGGGACAGUAUCAAUUUCUUAAGUUCUCUAGUAAAUUAUUUUGUUAUCCUGUGGCUGAAAUAACGGCAUUCCUUUGUUGGGGGAUGGGUGCAUGGGGGAAGGAAUAAUCUCAUCAGAUUCCAUGAAUGGAACGAGACUCAUUUAAUGCCAAAUGUUUGAUUCUUUGAUUAAUAAUUUCUGAAAAAGUUUUAAAUGUUUCAAAAUUUAACAGAAACAGUUUGAUUGUGACUUUCUUGUAUGUUAGGUAUCUUGCUAUGAUUUGGAGCUGUUAAAAGGAUUGAUAUUAUUAACUUGAAUUCUGUUCAGGAGAGCUGUGGUUUAGAGCAAGCAGGCCUGACUUUGACAUACUGAAUUCUAAACUGAGAGGAAAAACUUGAAAAUCUGCAUUUUUAAAAAGUUCCUUUGGUGAUUUUGUUUUACACUAAAUCUUGAAUAUUGCUAAAAUAAAGGAUACAUGUGGAACACUUAAA